UUUCCCGGCGGAGGAAGGUACAGAGCAUGGAGAAUGAUGAACUUCCGCCAGAGGAUGGGAUGGAUUGGUGUGGGAUUAUAUCUAAUAGCAAGUGCAGCCGCCUUCUACUACGUUUUCGAAAUCAAUGAGACUUAUAACAGACUGGCACUGGAACACAUUCAGCAGCCACCUGAAAAACUCAGAGAGGAAAGCACCUGGACGCAUUCCUUGAAGACGCGACUGCUCUCCUUGCCUUUUUGGCUGUGGGCUGUUAUCUUUUUAGUCCCCUAUCUGCAGAUGUUCUUGUUCCUCUAUUCGUGCACCAGAGCUGAUCCCAAAACAGUGGGCUAUUGCAUCAUUCCGAUCUGCUUGGCUGUCAUUUGCAAUCGUCACCAAACCUUCGUGAAGGCCUCCAAUCAAAUCAGCAGACUGCAGUUGAUUGACACUUAAAAUCAUUCUGAAUUUUCUCAUGAGCUGUUUUAGAUAAUCAUGGAGAUGCUUGGCU